AUGGGGGACUCAGGUCUUCUAACAAAAAAGUUGGCUAGUGUCAUUGUGUCUCCGCCUUUACGAAGAGCAUCCAUGAAAGAUAAUGUAACCAUCCGUAGUAGGAGUGUAUCACGAUCUUUGUCCUUUGCGAAUGAUGAGGAAGUUGACGAGGAGGAACAAGUCAUAGGCGCUCUGGCUGAUAUGCAAACAGAUGAAACACAGGAUGUAGCGAUGCUGGAUCAAGAGGUUUAUGAUGAUGCUGAGGAUGAUCUCUUGGGCGAAGAAUUUAUGGAGUUGAGUGCGGAGGAGAGUAGAGGUGCAGAAGCUGGCGCAAAGGGGAAAACGGGAAAUAAGAGACAGUCAGGUCGAUCGGCUACUUCAUCAAGUAGUCUGGACAUCACGACAGAAGGCUGA